CUGCCCGGCUAGAGCGGACUAGCGCCGCGACCAGGGGGUCCUCGGGCGGGGGUCUUGGGGAGGGGGGCGGGAGGUACGGCCCAGAGCGGCCUCUGCAGUGGGCUAAAGAUCCUGAGCGUAGAGGUCGUGUCCCCCUCCGUCCCAGCGGACCGCUGGCAGUCACUUGGCUUUGGAGCCCUUUUCCUGCCUGGAGUCCGGGCCCGAGGGCUUCGCUCGCAAAGCCGUUCUGCCGAGGCUGUCGGGGGCGGACUGGGUCUUUCUUUUUUGAGCGGAGGCAGAAGUUGGUGGGGCAGGGACCCUCUUUCCUCGGGUAACUUCUCCCUUUCGAAGCUGCUCCCCGAAGAAUGGAGUGGUUCUUCUGCAGCAGUUUAUGCAGGGUCACACGAGAACUGUUGCCACCACACCAGGCCCACCUGAGGAGGAGGACUCGCGUGUGAGGGAAUCUGAGAAGGCGCGGGGGGUGGGUGAGGAAAAUGCAGCAGCAGUGCCCAGUCUUAAGAAAGUAACUCUCCCCUCCCCGCAUUCUAGGAACUUAAUCUUGAGUCAUGAAAUUCAGGUGCCUGUGGGGCAUUCGGUGAUAUCCAUACGUGACUGUGACGCGUAAUGGAGAACAACUGUUGCUGCAAAUCUUCCAGUUAGUUUUCUGGAGCCCUAUGAGUAGUGGGCGACUUUUUCCAGAUGCUGAGACACCUGUAUCCUUGGCACAGGCCAUUACUGAGGUGUAGUUGGAGUAGACUCUGUCUUCUGAAGCAUUAUCUAUUUACAAUGAAGUUGCAUUCUCCGGAGUUCCAGUCACUUUUCACGGAAGGACUGAAGAGUUUGACAGAAUUAUUCGUCAAAGAGAAUCAUGAAUUAAGAAUAGCAGGAGGAGCAGUGAGGGAUUUAUUAAAUGAGGUAAAGCCUCAAGAUGUGGACUUUGCUACCACUGCCACCCCUACUCAAAUGAAGGAGAUGUUUCAGGCAGCUGGAAUUCGGAUGAUAAACAACAAAGGAGAAAAGCAUGGAACAAUUACUGCCAGGAUUCAUGAAGAAAAUUUCGAAAUUACUACACUACGGAUUGAUGUUACCACUGACGGAAGACAUGCUGAAGUAGAGUUCACAACUGACUGGCAGAAAGAUGCUGAACGCAGAGAUCUGACUAUAAAUUCCAUGUUUCUAGGUUUUGAUGGUACCUUAUUUGAUUACUUUAAUGGUUAUGCAGAUUUAAAAAGUAAGAAAGUCAGAUUUGUUGGACAUGCUAAACAGAGAAUACAAGAAGACUAUCUUCGAAUUUUAAGAUAUUUCAGGUUUUAUGGAAGAAUUGUAGACAAACCUGGUGACCAUGAUCCUGAGACACUGGAAGCAAUUGCAGAAAAUGCAAAAGGCUUGGGUGGAAUAUCAGGAGAGAGGAUUUGGGUGGAAAUGAAAAAAAUUCUUACUGGUAACCAUGUAAAUCACUUGAUUCAUCUUAUGUAUGAUCUUGGUGUGGCUCCUUACAUAGGCUUACCUGCAAAUGCAAGUUUAGAAGAAUUCAAGAAAGUCAGUAAAAAUGUUGAUGGUUUUUCACCAAAGCCAAUGACUCUUUUGGCUUCAUUAUUCAAAGUACAGGAUGAUGUCACAAAAUUGGAUUUGAGGUUGAAGAUUUCAAAGGAAGAGAAAAACCUUGGCUUAUUUAUAGUUAAAAAUAGGAAAGACUUAAUUAAAGCAACAGAUAGUUCAGAACCGCUGAAACCCUAUCAAGACUUCAUUAUAGAUUCUAGGGAACCUGAUACAACUGGCCGUGUGUGUGAACUACUGAAGUACCAAGCCAGUUAUAGCAUCUUUGCAAAUACCCAGUUUUGGACCUUGGUAAAACAAUAUUUAAAAACAGAUCAACCUAAGAGAAAGUGUGACAGACUUGCAAGAAAGGCAGCCCCGGAAACAACUGCACACAGACAGGAAGUAUGAAGAUUUAACUCAGAGAUCUGCCUCUGUCAUAUUUGUAAACAAUAAAAUGUUCAGAAAUUGUACCCUUGAGGUUAUAAAGGUAAAAGCAAUUAAUUUUCUCAAGUUCAUUUGGUUUAGAUUGCACUAUACUCUGAAGAGGACUUCCAGGGAUCUAUUUGGAGUAAAUUUGAGGGCAGAAUAGGAAAAAAAUUACAAUCUCAACAUACUACCUAUUCUAGAGUUUCUUUCCACUUAUUCUGACCAAAAUUAUGAAUUAACAGUCUGUUUUUGGCCUCAUACUAUAGAUUGAUUAAAAGUUUACCUGAUUAGUUUGAAGCAUGUAAAGAGUGACAGAAUAUCAAAACUAAAUUUAAUUGCACAAAUGUAAAACAACCCACUAAACCCUUGAAUAUAUUGGCAUGUAAGUGGCAAAGCAGUCUACCUAGAAUUAUAUCUUAAAUUUAUUACUGAAACAAAGAUGUUUAGGUUUGGUCUUAAAGUUUACUUACUUACCCAAUUUCUUCAUUGUACAUUAAAUAGCCCACAAAACACAGUAGCCCUUUUGGCCUGUAUGCAAAGAACAUGUUUUGGUAUUUGCUCCAGAAGAGUUUAGGUUCAAAUUAUGACGUUUUAAAAACAAUGCUUUGUAUGGAACGUAAUAACUAGGGUUCUAGUUUGAACAAAUAUUUCAAGUACACAAUGGAAAUAAAAACUUUUUGGGCUCAAAGUGCAUUUUACUCUUAAAUUUUGAAAAUUUACAAAUCAUUGUCAGAGAAGCUAAAGAUAACAAAAGUCCUUUUAAAAUAAUGUACAACUUCUUGCCUCUUUCAAAAAACAAACAAAAAACAUGUACUUGGCACCCUAGCUCUUAGAACUUCACCAUUGACAAUACUGAGGCCCAGUAUGUUCUUCAUAAAGAGGAUCAGAUGAUUAAUUUAUUGUGCACUGGACAGUAACAUUGCUUUCAAAGAUGUCCUAAAAAUGGCGUUUUCAGACAUAGCACAUUCCACAGGAUCAUGGCUCCAAGCUACUAAAGUAUUUAAACUCAACUUGUAGUCUAGAAUGAUUUUUAGUUUCUCUAAAGGGGUACUUGAACUUAAAUCUUCAAAUACAGUUGAACUAGGAAACUAUAACUCUCCAUGUAAAUGUUGCUCUUUACUUACAUGUGUAUCAGAGGCGGUAAUUGUAUCCCUACCAUCUCCAUUACAAGCAAAGUAUUACUUUAUCUGGGCUUAUUUCAUCGUCAGUGUCUGGGAUUGUGGGUAACAGAGCAGAUCGAGUUAGACCCCAGAAUUUUUGAGGUGACAUGUCUUUUUUGGUGGCUGUAAAUUUCCAUCCAAUAUGGCUCGCACAGAUCCUACACUGGGCAACAGUCCAGGCAUACCUACAAAA